AUGACGCAAAUCUACUCUGACGUGCUCGAGAACAAGUCCUUCCGUCUAGCGACUGUCUCGCUCGGAACUCGUCCUGAUACUGGAACUGAAGUACCAAGUGUGACCCUCAUAACACAUCCUCUAGGUCCAGAGAUCAAGUACAAUGCACUCUCUUACACCUGGGGGCCACCAAGGAAUCUCGAAGACACAGACAGUUCCGAUGCGAUCAUUCUGUUCAAUGGUCACCUAUUUGCGGUUCAGCCAAAUUUGUACGAUGCGCUCCUCGAACUCCAGGCUACAUGUGGCGAAACUCCCAUCUGGAUCGACGCAUUGUGCAUCAACCAAUCCGACCAAACCGAACGAUCAGCACAAGUCUCUGUAAUGAACCAGAUCUACGGAAGCGCUAGCCGUGUCAUCGUCUGGUUAGGAAAGGCUACACCCGAGUUAGAAGCAGGCGUCAAAGCAGCUGCGCGCCUCGGCACAGAGUCCGUUCCUCAUACCAUUCGCAUGAUCCGCACUCAAACCUGGGACUUCAGCAAUGAUCUAUCCAACAUGUCAGAGAAGUAUGGAAUUGAACCUAUCGACUUCGACGAAGCUGUCGGAUUAGCUACAUUGUUUUCGUGCAAUUACUUCGUUCGCAUCUGGGUCAUCCAAGAAGUCUCCCUCAACAACGACGUCGUCGUUCUUUGCAACGGUACUUUCACACCCUUCGACUGUAUCGGCUACACAGCGGCAUUCUUGCACUACAGCGGCUUGUUCCAACAGGUAUACUCUCUUGCUCCGUAUGUCAGGAAAGACAGUUUUAUGCGAGACGAUGUCAAUAUGUUUGAGGCUGAAAGAAUCGGCCUUUUUCGCGAGUGGUGCAAAGACGAAAAGACUGAGUGGUUCGAAGUUUUAGAAGAAACUGUCGAUUUCGAAGCAGGGAUUGGUCAUACUCAACCGAAAUCUGCUGAGAUGUUACUUCUUCGGUUUCUGAUAACGUCGCUUCAGUUCAGGUCGACAGAUCGUCGGGAUAUCAUCUAUGGGUUGGGAGGUAUCAUGAAGAAAAUGGCUGCCGAGCAUGGAUCAUCGCUUCCUGCAGAGUUUGAGCCGAACUAUGACAUUGAUGUCAAAGAUUUGUUGACAGAUGUUGCGAGGAAGAUAGUCGAGACUACUGACUCUCUCGUUUAUCUGGGUCUUGUCAAGGAUCAUAGUGCGAGAGACAUUCCGGGUCUUCCAUCUUGGGUACCCAACUUCUCACCUACUCCAGUCAACAGUCUCUCUGGUGCAGUCUUUCGAUCCGCGGGGUCUUUCGAUGUGUCCAAGCAUAUCCCUCACACUUUAUCUGAACAAGUAUUUACUGUCGAUGGAGACGCUCUUAAUGUCUCUGCCUUUUGUCUUGGCAAGGUCGAGAAGCUGGGCGAGGCCUUCCUGACUGCUAUGAGUGGCGAGCAGAAGAUGAAUUCCGACGUUCUAUGCAGUAUGGAACAAGUCUAUCCACACACUGGUCAAUCAUCGGAUGAGGCCUUCUGGCGUACUCUUGUCUUUGACCAUGACCUUUCAUACCGACCUGCAAAGCUGAUCCGACUGGAAGAUUUCCAGAUGGCCAUGAUGGACUUGAUUGUACACCCACUGGCAAUCCGCCACAGAGAAGCCCCCUCGCCAGAAGAAGGCCAAGCUCUGGUCUUGGAGUCAAUCAGCCAAAUGUCCUACCUGGACCGAGUAUCCGCCAAAUUCCCUUCGAGUAUUUUCCCCAGGGUCAACUUAAUCAAAUCGAUGUGUAUGAAUAUUGGCCUUAUUCCGAAAGAGGAAGUUGAACUGGAUGAUGAAGAACGGAAGAUGUUGGCGGUGCCAAAGUCGGACCAUUCUAUGCCGCCGGCACUUGUAUUAAGCACGACUUAUAUCGGCCAUAGACCGUUCCUUACCGGCAGCGGAUUCCUUGGAAUGGGAUUAGAAUCGGUAGAGGUGGGGGAUGAGGUUUGGGUUAUUAGAGGAUGUCCGACACCCUUGGUCCUGAGAAGAGAGGGACAAGAGCUUAGCUUGGUUGGUGAGAGUUAUGUGCAUGGAGUCAUGCAGGGUGAGGCUGUUGGUGAUGAUACGAAGUGGGAAAAGAUCCAGAUAGUUUAG